GCAAGACCCGACCAGAGAAACCCUAGAACGGAUCAAUUAUCAAUGGACAUCCUGAAACAAGAGUUGCUGAAGAAGCGACAGAGCCUAGCCGAAGAGGUGGGUGGCAAGAAGUUCUUCAAGCGCUCUGAGAUCGAACAGAAACGCCUCCAAAGGCUCCGAGAAGAAGAAAAGCGCGAGGCAGAGGCCAAAGCCCUCCGUCAAAAACAACAAAGCCAUCAAAACGGCUCCACCCCUAAUUCUUCCUCAGAUCCUAACUCCAAACCUGAAAUCCUGAAAUCUAAGCCCGAAUCCUCCAAUUUUUCUUCCAAACCCCUCACCGCCGAACAAAAAAUCGACGAACUCAACCUCCCCAAACAAGAAGUCAUCCGUCGCCUCCGAUUUCUCAAACAACCGGUCACAUUAUUCGGCGAAGACGACGAAGCGAGACUCGAUCGGUUGAAAUAUGUGUUAAAAGCGGGAUUGUUUGAAUUGGAUGAUAGUGAUAUGACUGAAGGGCAGACAAACGAUUUCUUACGGGAUAUAGUAGAAUUGAAGAAGAGGCAGAAGACGGGGAUUUUGAGUGAUAGGAAGAGGAAGACGACGGAAGAUGGAGAGGAUAAGGAUGGAGGGGGAGGGGAUGAGGAUUUGAGUGGGGAUGGGGCAUCGUCAGGGGUGGAUCAUGACAAGGAUUUGAAACGUAUGAAGGCGAAUUUUGAGGAUUUGUGUGAUGAGGAUAAGAUUUUAGUGUUUUUUAAGAAGUUGUUGACUGAGUGGAAUCAAGAGCUGGAUGAGAUGACCGAUGCGGAGAAGAGGACGGCCAAAGGGAAGUCCAUGGUUGCGACGUUUAAACAGUGCGCACGGUACUUGAAUCCGCUUUUCAAGUUCUGCAGGAAGAAGGUUCUUCCAGAUGAUAUUCGGCAAGCAUUACUCUUGGUUGUUGAAUGUUGCAUGAAGCGAGACUAUCUAGCUGCAAUGGAUCACUAUAUCAGAAUGGCCAUUGGAAAUGCACCCUGGCCUAUUGGUGUUACUAUGGUUGGUAUCCAUGAACGUUCUGCUCGUGAAAAGAUCUACACAAACAGUGUGGCCCAUGUUAUGAAUGACGAGACAACUCGCAAAUAUCUGCAAUCGGUCAAAAGAUUGAUGACAUUCUGCCAACGACGCUACCCAACAAUGCCUUCCAAAGCUGUUGAGUUCAACAGUUUGGCAAAUGGUAGCGACUUGCAGUCAUUGUUGGCUGAAGAGAGAUAUUCCGAGGGAAAUCAAUCCUCAGAGGAAGUGCUUCGAUUAAUGCCUGCUCCAAGGGACAUGUAGUUAUCAUAUAUGAACUGAUGUAUCAUGGAGGGUACAUAGUAUAAAAGGUUGUUCCAAGGUGACUGUCAUGUUUAUCUUUCCUGUUAUAAGUUCACUGCGUAACAGUUGCUUGCACCGGAAGGUGCAAAAUGGGAUGUCCAGUGACCAGAAAGUGCAUGUUUUGUGAUACUUGUAGACUCUUAAUAGUAUCUAUCAUUUCAUGCUUUGGCCACGUUUAAUACCGCAACAAGUUGUUUUCAAGACACUAGGGUUCGG